AUGGAGCUCCACAGAGUGCAUCAACCGUUCUACCACAGCCACCUGGGUGACGAGAAGCACCAAAUGCUGAACCUGAACCAACGCCUGGAGACCUACUUGAGCCAGGUCAAACUCCUGGAGGAGGAAAAUGCGCACCUUGCAAAGGAGAUCCAAGCUCUGAGACACAGUAAUCAUGGAGCCUUGUCGCACAGGAAGAGUCUGGAGGAAGAACUGCGUCAGGCAAGACUGGAGGUGGAUGCAGCCUGGAAAGACCGAGUCUACACAGAGGUGGAGGUUGGAAAGCUGACUGAGGAGCUCCAAACCCUGGACUUGCAAAGGCAGAAGGUGGCUCAGGCCCGGGUGGAUGCCAAUAAAAAGUCUGAGAAAAGCAGGCAGGAGCUGGAAGAGGAGCACAGGGCACAAAUCUGGCUUAAGCAGAAGGUUAGUCAGCUGGAGCAUGAGAUGACGCACCUAAUUCAAACCCACCAGGACAAUGUGGCCCACUUGGAGGCCAAAAUUACCCAUUCCAGAGCCACAGUGCCAACCACAUUUGUUCAAAGGGGCAACCUGACACCAAACCUCCUACAGCUGGAUCAGGAGUACUCCCAGAGGGCCAACAGGGCAUGGCAGGAGACAGAAGAGGCCCAUCAGGGCCAGUUAGCUUGGCUAGAGGAGUCGCUUAACCAGGCCAGAAGCCGUUUGAUGCAAGUGGGCCAGGAGAAGAGUGAGAGUCAGCUAAAGCUCCGAGCCCUGGAGAAGGAGAUCGCCUCAGCCCAAGAUGUCAGGAUGCAUCUGGAGAAGACUGCAUUCCAACAGAGAGACAAACACAGCCUGGAGAUCCAGCAGCUGCAGGACCACUUGGAGGGCCUGGAGGCAGAGAAAGGGGAGCUGGGCCAGCAGAUUGAUUGUCUCCUCCUGAAGAACAGAGACCUGCUGCAGCAGAAGAUGUCUCUGGGCAUGGAGGUCUCCACAUACAGAGCUUUGCUGGACAGUGAAAGCCUCGGGGGAAAUAUCUCUUUGUUAAAUCAGCCAAGAAACAUUUUCAUCACAGAUACAGUUUUCAGUCCUCAAGGGGUUAAAAGAAAUUACCAGACCCAGCUGCCUGCCAGCCACAAGACCACUUCCUUUUCAUCUGUCUGUAGUAUAAGAGGAAAAUCGCAAGCAACAGCAACAAAUGCUUCAUCAGUCUGGAGUAGAAAACCCAUAAUCCUAACUGAAACUGCCAUUAUUUCAAGAAAACAUGCAGAUGACAACACAACAAAGUCAUCAACAUGGGGAACCCCUUAUCCGAAAAUACUGCAGGAUGGAGCAAUUGAAAAUUUCAGACCACAGGAAGUUCAUGAGAAAGUCACCUAUGCUGAGCCUCUUUCACCUCCAAACGAGCAAAAGGCUCAUAAUGAAACAUUUGUGGACCAAGAAGAGGAAAAUGAUUGGAACAAUGUUGCUGGUGAACUUACUGAAGAAAAAACAGUAGAGUCAGUUGUCAGUUAUGAGGUUGAGCCUGGCCUCAGCAGCAAGCUGCACGUCAAUGAUGACAUUAUUCAGCAUCAGUUUCAAACAACACCCAGUCUUACACCAUACCAUGAGGGAAGGACAGAGGAGCUCUGCGGUUUUUCCGUUGAAUCUGAUAAGGAUUGGCCUUGCCAAAUGCUAGCUGCAGAGCAAGAAUGGAAAGAGCCACAAGCCCAAAAUGAUGCAUUUGUAGAGAAAGAGUACAUAGACGAAAAGGUAGAGCAUGUGAAAGAAGAAACCUCAGAUUCUGAAACAGAGGCGGUACUCGAACCAACCUACGAAUCCAGAACAAGCAGUCCACUGUCUGAAUGUGAGCCUGAAGAAAGUGUUUUUAACCAAGUUACAGACUUGAGCCAAGAUGAAAACAUCUUGAAAGAGGAGGCAUUUGAGAUGAAGCAAGAAAAAAGCAGUUCCAUGGUAGGAACAAAUGAGAUGGAGGUUGAGGAUAAAUUGUACCCUGAUGGAGAAGAGAUGGAUACAUAUGAUAGUGUGAUGGAAAGGAAGGUUGAUCUGAAGAUGGAUGAUGACAUAAAAAAGCAUGAAACAAAUAAAAAACAUGCUGAACCAGAGGAAGACGUAUCAGUAAGAGACGAAGGGCAUAAUACAAAAGAAACAAGGCAGGAUUUUGCCACUAACGUGCAGCAAGAUGACAACAUGGCAUCGUCAUUGAUAGACGCACAAGUAGAUUACAAACAGCAUGCUGCGCCAGGAGAAGAGCAUUCACCACUUCCUGACGACGAAGAAGAUGAAAACGAUGAAGAGGAUGAUUCUCCAAAUGUCUCAAUAUCGUGGAGGACCGAGGUGGAGAGUGACAGCUAUGCCCUGGACAACACUCUUGCUGACCCUCGUCCUUUGAUCCGAUACAAGAGCGACGACACUGAUGCCAAUACUCAGGCUUCACACAUGGACGAAAGCGAGUCCAGUGAAGGUGAACAAGAAAAGAAGGUUGGAGAGACGGGAACUGGAGAGUGGAGCGAAGACAAGUCAAAGAAAUUUGGAACCAUGGAAGAUCUGUGCGAAGAAGUUGAAGGAGAGGCGUUGGAUGAGGAAUAUGAUCUGGGUUACGCUCAUAUUGAGGACAGGGAUGUUGGCAAUGGCAUGACUGUGAGUGAGCAUACUACACCAGUGAAUGAUGAUGAAGAUACAGAAGAAAUGAUCGAGAAAGUCGAUGAGGGACAGUCAGAUGAAGAAUCCGAGCAGUUUGCCAACCCGAUGGUACCCACGUAUGUAGACUAUGAUGAAGAGUUGGAGACAGACAGACUUGUGGAACAGGAAUUGGAAAACCUAUCCACAGACAGCUACAGUGUUCGCUUUGCAUUUGAUGACAGUGAAGAAGUCCUACCUCUACAGGACAAGUCUGAAACGGAAAUGACAGAGCAAGAAGAAUCUGGCAAAACAAAAAUGGAAGACAUGUCUUCCUGUGUAGAGCCUCACAUGACAGUAAACCAUGAACUUAGAUCUUCUACUGCAAUUAUCGAUCAACAGUAUGAGAACCUAUAUUUCAGUGAAUUGUCAGUGGCAGUGCCUCAAAUAGACAACCUGGCUGAUGAGGAGGUCCAUGAUGAAGAGGAAGAAGCUGUAGAUGCUCCAGAAAAAGAGGAAGAAGAUGAACACAAUAUGUCGAUGGUGACUCAUGCUGAUGUAACAGAAGAUCAGCCUAUCCUUAGUGACUUCAUCAGCAGGCCUGAUAUGGAGGAAAUAAACAACUCAGAGGAUCCAAAGUCCACGCUGCAUUUAACUGAUCCAUUCACUGAUAUGAAAGAGGCUACACCUGCAGAAGCAUUCAGCGUGCCUCAAGAACACGUAGUGAAGGAUGUUGCAGACUGUCAAGCUUAUCCCGAAGUUCAAGAAACAGCAGAAUGGGAAGUCCUUAAGAACCCAAGUGAGGACUUUGAAAUCAGAGAUCAGAAUGAAGAUGAUGUAAACUAUGAUAAUGCGCCGAAAUCAGCUGAAAGUUAUCUUCUUGAUGAUGGAGGCACUGAUGAAGGUGCCGUGACACAUGAAGAGGAGCCCCUUGAGAUUUCCCCUGACAGUGUACCUGAUGAAAACGACAUCUUUGUGGUGAAAGACUCAACAGAACUAUUGAACAAAAAUGGUAACGACAGCGGCCUCCAUGAGUUCUUCAGCUCUGGUGUAAACAAUGAUAUCUGGCUGUCCUCCCUGGAGACCGGUGCCACUUUCCAACCAGAUGAUGCCUAUAAUGAAGCAGCUGAGCAAACCAAUAAGAAUCUAGGGUUUGGUGACAGUGUAGUUUGGGGGAAUCUGGAAAAUUCUAAUGUGGUAAAUGGGAAGUCCAGGGUGGAUAUUGACUCAUCUAAAGAGCUGGAACAUAAGAAAGAGCAGGAGGUGAAGAAGAUGUUAUGUGGAAAUGUUAAGAUGGGGUUGGUUCAAUCUGAGGAGUUUGAAGUUAAGGGUGAAUCCUGGUCAUUUGGGGAGGAAUCGUUAUAAAAAAAAUGUAGCGAGGGGUAUAGUUAAAUCAGUUUUAUAUCUUAUCAGUGUUAGUCAGCUGAAAAUGAGAUUAUGCUAUAUAAUGCAUUAACUAUAAAACCAAAUUUGUGCCUUGAUGCGCACCUCAGUCAGUACGUUUACAUGCAGCAAAACAUUAGAAUUUCUGAUCGUAUCAUACAUAGACUUUUAAAAUGUUUGUAAACACCUUAGUCCGAUCUACAUCAGACCUACUUCAGACCAUAACGGACAUCUCAAAAUCGGAUAAGAACACCUAGAUAAUUUGUUCAUAGUCGGCAUUUUAACGCCAUGUAUACUCAGCAAUCGUAUCUAAGUCAACCGGAAGUGGCUCUUUGUUGAGAAGGCUACAGCGCCACAUAGCGUAACGGAGUCAGCCGUGCUCCGGCCAUUUAUCCAGAUUCUCUGAACGGCAUGUAUACUCAGACAAGUGAACCGGUCUUAUUCAUGUCUUUAUCUGAUACGAUCAGAAAUUCGAAUUUUUUGCCGCAUGUAAACGUACUGAGUGACACUAACCACCAACGUGCCAAUUCUAUCUGUACGGAUACUGAGCACAUGCCUCAUUUCUGUAAACUGACAUAUUUGACAAAACUUUCCCCCCUUCUAUUAUUAUUAUGAAACUAUUCGGUCUUUCAGUGUGCAUGUUAUGAAAUAAGGUUUGGCAUUUCUGCAUGAGGGAACAGCAUGAAGACAGAAGAAAGAAUGUCAUUUGAAAGUCUAAGUAUUAUUGAUUGCUGCCUAAUCUGAUUUUACUCACUGAUGGAAAUCAAUGACAGCAGAAGGGUAGGAUUCCUUGUAGAGCUGCUGUUUCACCGUGUAUCAGAUAGGUAGUUUUUGUGCUGGUGAGUUAUCUCAUUUUACUGGACAACAAUUGACUUAUUUUUUAUGUUUCACACAUAUAAAAUAAAUUGUUGAUUGUAAAAGGUUGUUAAAGAUGACAUGAUUUGCAUAAGCAAACUAUGUAAUGUUUGUAUUUGGUUGGUCUGUUGGUCUGUAUGAAGCACAUUGCUCUAUUUCUUUAAAUCCAAUAAUAAAGUUCAGUUUUACUGCGGUACAUUUACAGCUCAAAAUAAACUGUAGAUUCAUGAUAUAAUCUUUCUCUUUGUUUGAACAGUUGUCUUAUCCU